AUGGGGCUGUCGGUCAUCCAGGAACAGCACGAUGUCAUCCUCCAGGAGAUCAAGAACAUUACUCAGGACGACUGGAAAUGCCUGAUAGUCGACCGCACGUCGAGCAAGAUCAUCGACAAUGCCGUCAAGGAGGAUGACAUUCUCAAUAACAACAUCGCCACCAUCGAAGGCAUCGAGGACCGCCGCGAGCCCAACCCCGAGAUGGACGCCAUCUACCUACUCACCCCCGAUUCGCACUCCGUCGAUUGCCUCCUCGCCGACUUUGAAUGCCGCCGCUACCGCAGAGCCUUCCUUGUGUGGACAAAUCUCAUUGAUCCCAACUUGCGACGGCGCAUAGACGACUUUCCCGGCGUCAGGCAGUUGCGCGCAAGCUCAAAGACUCUCUUUGUUGACUUCUACCCGAGGGAGUCGCACCUCGUUACCUUCCGAGACCCCUGGAGCUUUCCCAUGCUCUACCACCCUUCAUGCAAUGCCUUGGUCCCCAAGCAUAUGCAGAGUCUGGCGCAGCGGAUUGCCGGUGUCUGCAUCACCCUAGGAGAGUAUCCCAAGAUCCGGUACUACAGACCCAAAAACGCCUUCCACGAAGCCAGCGUGCUGUCCGCGCACCUGGCUAGGUUCGUGCAGGAGGAACUCGACGGAUACGCACAAUGGGACCCCAACUUCCCUCCCCCCUCAAACCGACCCCAGUCCAACCUCGUCAUCACAGACCGGUCGAUGGAUCUCAUGGCGCCCUUGAUCCACGAAUUCACCUACCAGGCCAUGGCUCACGAUCUUCUCCCAAUCAAGGAGGGCGACAAGGUCACCUUUCACACAACCAUCAACCAGGGCACGGCAGAAGAGCAGGACAAGGACAUGGAGCUGGGCGAAAAGGACAAGAUCUGGCUCGACAACAGACAUCGGCACAUGAAGGACACCAUUGACAAGCUCAUGGGUGAUUUUCAAAAGUUCCUCGACCAGAACCCUCACUUUACAGACGAAAACGCCGACACGACAAACCUCAACUCCAUCAGGGACAUGCUUGCUGGGCUACCCGAGUUUCAGGAAAUGAAGGAGGCAUAUUCUCUGCACUUGACCAUGGCACAAGAGUGCAUGAACCUGUUCCAACACAACAAACUCCCCGACAUUGCGUCCGUAGAGCAGACCAUGUCCACGGGCCUGGAUGAGGACUUUAGGAAACCCAAAAACGUACUCGAGUCGGCGGUUCGAUUAUUGGAUGACGAGGCCAUCACGCCCUCCGACCGUCUACGACUCAUCAUCAUAUACAUACUCUAUCGCGGCGGCGUCGUCAUGGAGGAUAUUCAGAAACUGCUGACGCACGCCGCCCUGCCACCGCAGGACGGCGAGGUCGUGUCCAACUUGGAGUUGCUUGGCGGCAAGACGUCUCAUGCGUUGAAGGAGCCUCACCAGGCGCCUCUGCCGCUCUUCCCCAAAGACCCAAAGAGCUUGCAGCCAAAUGAGGAGUACAGCUUGUCUCGCUUCGAACCCGUCCUGAAGCCGAUGCUGGACGCCCUCGCCAAGGGCACGCUGGACCAGACCGUGUUUCCAUUUGUGAAGCCGCCCUUGGACCCCAACGAGGACUUGCUCUUGGCGCAGGGCGGCUCAUUGCGCGCUGGCCGGCCGAACUGGGCUGCCGCUGGCCGACGCCCCCCCGAAAACCGGCCGCGCAUUCUGGUGUUCAUGGCUGGAGGCGCGACAUUCAGCGAGAGCCGCGUGUGCUACGAGGUCGGCCGGGAGCGCAGCAGAGAUAUUAUCCUCAUCAGCUCACACAUGUUGACGCCGCAGCUUUUCAUCCGGCAGGUCGGCGACUUGAGUCGCGACAAGCGACAGCUCGAUCUCCCCAUGGAGAGGCCAAAGCCUCGCGCUCCGGCACAUCUUUUCGAGCGUCCGGCGCCGCCGCCCAUGCGGCAACCGCCUCCCGGUCAGGGCGCCCCCAUGCCGCGGAUGGGUGGCGGCCCAGGCCCUGCACCGGGGCCAAUGCCCACUCCGCCUCCGACGCAGGCCAUGGGCAACAUGAACCUGAACCCGUCACCCAAACCCGCGAGCGGGGGCACGCCGGAACCGCCGCAACCGGGGACCGACAAGGCCAGCAAGAAAAAGGCCGACGACAAGGCGCACAAGGAGAAGAAGAAGAGGAACUUUUUGGGUAUGAAGAAGUAG